AUGCCUGGCGAAAUUAUCACUUUGCAAAUUGGACAAUGUGGGAAUCAAGUGGGCUUCGAGUUCUGGAAGAAACUCUGCAACGAACAUGGCAUCAACGCCGAGGGCCAGCUGGAGUCCUUUGCAGAGAAGUCGGCCAUCGAGCGCCGGGAUGUGUUCUUCUACGAGUCAGAUGACAAGCACUACAUACCGAGGGCAAUCCUCAUGGACCUGGAGCCGCGAGUCGUCAACAGCAUUGUGCACAGUAAAUACUCCAAGCUGUUCAACAACGAGAACAUCUACAUCUCAAAGAACGGCGGCGGUGCUGGCAACAUCUGGGCGUCUGGUUACUCGCAAGGCAAACUACUCAGCGAGGAGUUCUUUGAGAUUAUUGAACGCGAGGCCGAGGGCGCCGAUUCACUGGAUGGCUUCAUUCUCUGUCACUCGAUCGCCGGUGGCACGGGCAGCGGCAUGGGCUCCUACGUGCUCGAGACCAUUCAGGACCGCUUUCCGAAGAAGAUCAUCCAAACCUACUCAGUAUUCCCUAGCCAGGAGGAGAGCAGCGACGUCGUCGUGGAGCCGUACAACUCUCUGCUCACCCUUAGGCGAUUGACGGAGAACGCUGACUGCGUGACGGUGCUCGACAAUGCCGCCUUGAAUCGCAUUGCCGUGGAGAAGCUGCACAUUGAAAAUCCGAAGAUUCUCCAGACAAACUCUCUCGUCUCGACGAUCAUGUCCGCCUCUACCUCCACCUUGCGCUAUCCUUCCUUCAUGAACAACCGCCUCGCCGAACUUAUUGUGCCAUUGAUUCCCUUUCCUCGCCUGCACUUCCUCAUGACGGGCUACACGCCGUUCACCACCGAAGCGGAGAACCACAGCGAGGUCACUUCAGUUCGAAAGACCACCGUAAUGGAUGUGAUGCGGCGUCUCUUGGACGACAAGAACAUGAUGGUCUCGACGCCCAUUCAGACGAAGAAUGACAAUCACUGCUACAUCAGCAUACUGAACAUCAUUCAGGGCGAGGCCGAUCCGGUGGAGGUGAACAAGAGUCUGGCCCGAAUUCGCGAGUCAAAGCGAAUACCGUUCAUUCAGUGGGGCCCGGCGAACAUUCAGGUGGCUCUCUCCCGCAAGUCGCCCUACAUACAGACGUCAAACAAGGUCUCGGGUCUUCUCAUUGCGAAUCACACUUCCAUUGCUCACCUGUUUGAGCGAAUCGUCGCACAAUACGACAAGUUGCGUAAGCGCGGCGCUUUCCUGGAUCGUUUCAAGAACGAGGAGAUCUUUUCCAAUAAUCUUGACGAAUUUGACGAUUCGCGCGUCAUCGUUCAGGAGCUGAUUGACGAGUACAACGCCGCAUCAAAGCCAAACUACCUCGAACUUGCUCUCUACAAGUAG